AUGAAUCGAAGGUUAUGGUGUGUGAUUACUGUACUUUCUGUCGCUGCUCUUGUAUUUGUAAUGUCAACGAAUUAUAAGGACUUACUUGUCAGAAAACUAGGGGGAAGGAAAGGUAUGUUCAAGCCGACUGUCUUAAAAUGACUCACCUCUUCAUCAAACAACUUUGCAUUUAGAGAAAUAAUUUAAGUGGAAUGAUCUUCAGGAAGUCAGUCAAGCACCCACCAUUCCUUACAGUAAUAUUAGUAACUUAUUUAUGCCUUGUCACUGCAUAUCCAAAGAUGAAAUUAUGACUGAUGCCGGCUCUUUUACACUUCAGAAAAAAUUCGAUUGGCUUCUUUCUUUCAUCGUGGGGACGAUAUCUCUCAUGUUUUAUCAAGAACUAGAUUUUAAUGGAUUUUAAUUGCCAUAUUAUACUACCCGGUUUUUCUCCUCGUCACUAGUGAUUGACUUAAAAUCUUUACGGCGAGGAGCCAUGUGCGAUUUCUCACGUUCAUUUUAGAUGGGAAUUAUUAACUAAGAACAGAGAGUAACGCAAGUCUUUUCUAGUUGUAUUAUGAUAUUCCCAGGAUAGUCUUGAUUUGAUUUUAAUUGUUGUUUAUUCAUUUCCGACGUUCUUCGAUCUGGGUUUGGUUGGGUUACUGAUUUUUCUCUCCUGGUCUUUCACAAAUGAUUGUUGUUGCUCUCGCGUAGCGUUGCGAGAAAAAAAAACAAACAAAGAACAAUGUAGCUGAAAGGUUGAGAAAAUCCCUUAGUCGGUUUACGACAAAUUCUUAUCUAUUCAUAAAAAAAAUUGUCAGGUGUAGAUGUUUGAUUGAUAAGAUAAUAGUCUUGAUCUUUCUGUGAACAGAUUCUGCAUUAAAAAGGAUAAAGUGCGUAAGAUUCAGGCCAAUCUGCGAUUACCCGUAAGCUCAUUAUCAGAUACCUUCCUUCUUCAUCUAAGUAUGUUCAGGAAAGGUUCCGUGACAAGGUCCACUGCACCUUCAGUACACACCAAACAAACAAUUACUACAAUGUGCAACUUGAUGGAACUAAAUCUCUGAUUGGCUUCCCGAGCCCUUCUUUCCUGUUCGGAAUUGCCCGCUUUGAUCCCGCGCAAAGAAGUAAGAAAAUUCCGUAGAGCUGACUAACAAAUUGUCACACAAUGUCUGCCAUAGACUCGCGAAAAGCUGGAGAAGACAGUCAAAACAAAGAAAAAUAGCUGAACAAGUUUCGUGAGUGAUAAGUGUUCAUUUAUUGCUCAGCACUCAAAACUAAUCAAGUUAUUCUAAACGAAAUAUUUUUGCAAUGUGACAAAUCCUUCAUUGAGCAAGCUUGUUUUGUCAAGAAGGCUGGAUGUUAGCCUCAUUCUUUGUUCUGCGUUUUCAUGGACCUCAAUUACACCUCGGCCAAUAUGCAGCCCUCUUGAUCUCACAGUUUGUCCUACAUAGCGCAUACAACUUUUAUAGAGCUGUUUCGAGCGACGUUGUCGGAAAAAAGCGUAAAAGAGCGCGCAACAACCCCGAAAGGUAUUGUAUAUAGUUUUCUGGUCACGGUUCUUUGACUUCAAAAUUUCAGGAAAAUGUAAGGAAACAUCACUGUAAGGACCAAGCAUCGUGGGUUUGUUGCAUUUAUUUGUUUGACUUAUCCAAGUUCAUUGAUUCUCGGAUACCCAGAUUACCUUUCGAGAUUGUCGCGUGCAGUUCUGUCGUUUUUCCUACAACCUUUCUCGAAACAGCUGUAUGUCGGAUAUCACUUUAUCGUAUCCAGCUGUUGAGGUCGAUGCUGUUAUGUCUCCCUACUGUCUCACUGUAUGUAUAACUAAAUACAAACAUGUACCAAUUUGAGCGAUAGGAAACCUUCUAGUCAUGGUGUAUUCCACGCAUCUAAAUUAUUUAGCCGUACUUUACAGUUCCUAUUGAACAUAAAAUCGCAACCGGUGGUUUCUACAACAGAAACAAAGAAAUACACAGAAGGCUUAGGUAGAUAACAAGGGUAGUGUGAACAAAAGGUAGUAAACAACGAUACCAAAGACAAACUGUUAUAGGACAGCAUGAAGGUACCUGACAGUUUAGAUACAUGAAGUAAGCAACAAGCGAAACUGGUAGGAUUGCAAUUUCUAAUCUUAAUUAAUUUUCGCGCUACAGAAUAUUUAACCGAGAUGAAGCUGGUGCUCAGCGCUUGAACGGCUGUAACGUUAAACAUUUGUUGCAACAUCCAAGCGUAAGUGACUUAACACAAAUUUAAAUUUUCUUGUUCCUAAAGGCUUACGCCGAAUACGUCAAUAUGGGAUCAGAAAUGAGGAUAAACUUAAUCGUGAACUGUAUGACGGUGUGGAAAGUUUUCUAAUGUUCAUUGGCUAUCCUCGCAGUGGCCACACCCUGAUCAGCUCCUUGAUAGACGCUCAUCCUAACGCCUUGGUUGCAAAUGAGUUUGAUGUAAUUGGUGAAUGGCAAAAGUGGACUAAAACCAACAGAAACAAGUAUUACCUAUUUGACCAGCUGUACCUGAACUCUAAAAUGGAAGCUGAUACCGGUUACCGAUCGGCCACGGUCCCACAUCGGUUCAAUUAUUCUGUGCCAGGCCAAUGGCAGGGAACAUUUAAUCAGAAGAUUUUGGUGAGUUCCAGUUGCCUCUUCCCUAUGCAUUCCUUCUUUAGAGCCUGGGUGCAAGUCAAUCAUUGAUUAAUGGCGCCGGCCGGGGGAACAAUUGACUCCUUAGAAUCCCCUCAUAGGGUCGGGAGUGCUAAACGUUUGGAUACGGAAGUUUUUUCUUUUGAAGACCAUGGUACACUGGAUUGUACGUAAUGAUAUAAUUUUAUUUUUUUAAUAUAAUUGACUUAUUAUUUGCCAAAAUUUGCUUGAAUCUGCUUCGGCGCCAUAUGUCUCUGUUUCCCCAAAGAAUAAUGUUGCAGUUCCUUGCCACAAGUGUAAAGAUCUAAAUGCCGUGGCUGUCUAUGAAAAGCUUAUUGGUGAUAAGAUUAUAACUGUAUUCAAUUCCUUACAGUGAUAAUUGCUUCCAUUAACGACUAGGUAAUGGGAGCUAAGAAGGGUGGUCAUACAACCAGACGGCUUAUGAAACGAGAGAACCUAAAAGUACUGAAAGAAAUUCACCAAGUUCUCAAACUCCCGAUAAAGUUUCUUCAUGUCAUCCGAAAUCCUUACGACAACAUUGCAACCAUGAUGCUAAGAGAUCUGAAAAAGAGACCGGACGCCGGAGAGAAGGUGAUAAAAUUAUUUGACCGUGGGCUUCUAACUUACCUUAUAUUUAACUGUAAAGUGUUAAUAAGUUCUUGCUGAAAUAAAAAACAAGCCACAAACAACUCGGGAAGUAUGUAAGGAAGUUAAAUUCUGGUCCAGACAGUGAUUCAUUUAACCACUUCUAUAUUGUUUAUGUAAUUUUGUUUACGCCAAAUUGUUUGUUUAUCUUUCUUUCUGAUCAAAUACGUCGAGGAUGAGGGUCACUUAUAGUAACCUCUUAGCUAGAAAUCCUCAAAAUGAUCGAUUCCUUAAACUGUACUAUGGUAAAACGCUUGUUCCCAACUGAUUCUGAAUUCAAUGAACUGUUCAUCUUUUCUUAUCUUCGUAUAUUUGAGAGAUAAGCUCUCGGACGUCAGCAGUUGCAUUUCUACCUCAUUUUUCAUAUUUAGGGUCCCUUUUGCCCGCUUUCACUAAACUAUUGUAAUCACUAUCUAAGAUACUCAUGAUGAAUUUCAAACGUAACAUAUAAAUUGUUCUUACAUUCGAUUUCAGAUCAAUGAUACCGAUAAUUUGGAUAAACAAAUAGCAAAAUAUAUGGCUUUGGCGGCAAAAAACAAUCAACUAAAGAAAGUUCUCCCUGGGGAAGUUCAUGAGAUCCACAGUUCAGAGCUGAUCAAAGAACCAAAGAAAAUUCUGCUGGGAAUUUGUCACUUUUUACACCUCACUUGUUAUCAGAAAUAUAUCGAAGAUUGUUCUAAGAGAAUAUAUCCAGAGGCCAGUAAAACGCGUCACAAUGUGAUUUGGACAGAUCAGCAAAAGGAAACGGUUAGAAAAGAACUGCAAAGAUUUCAAUCCACAAGAGGCUAUGAUUUUGACGAUUGAAUUUUCUUCUAAGGCCUUUACUGGGUAGAAUUAGUAAAAAAUGUGGUUUUAAAUUUUAAGCGAGAGAGAUCAAAAUCUCGUUGUUCUUGUUCUAAUGGACAGUCAACACCAUCUCAUUCCCUUUAAAAGUUUAUCGAAAAAGAGAUCAGGGACCGUUCGCUUCCGUGGGGGUAGGAAGAGGGUUUUGGGGGGAUAACGUGGUUUGAAAGGGAAACGGAGGAGGAAUUGGUUGUCGUUAAC